AAAUAGGUGUUAAAUGCAGCGAAGACGACAAAACAAACAACAACAUAACUACCGUAAAGCGAACCACUGUUGUCGUAAACAUGCACCAUGGCGACUGCAAUGACAGGACGAGGUAUGGCUUUUAUUAGGAAUAUCUCUGGGGUGUUCCACUCAAGGUUACAGGUUCUGGGUGGCGUUGGUCCUCAGCAGCUCUCAUGUCUCCACACCAGCUCGUCACUGGAAUCAAAGAACUGGGAGAGGAGGAACCUGGAGUUAUAUCCACCUCAGCUACCAGAUGAUCCUCGCAGACCAGCAGAGAUCCACCACAGCAGGCGGCAGAUCAAGUACAGCAAAGACAAGAUGUGGUACUUGGCCAAAAUGAUCAAAGGGAUGAGCAUCGAUCAGGCAAUCGCACAGCUGGCGUUCAACGACAAGAAAGGGGCGAGGAUCAUGAAAGAGGUUCUUGAGGAAGCUCAGGAGAUGGCAGUCAAGAAUCACAAUGUAGAGUACAAAUCCAACCUGUAUGUAGCUGAGUCCUACUCCGGCAAAGGGAAGUACCUGAAGCGGAUCCGUUACCACGGCCGGGGGAUGUUUGGCAUCAUGGACAAAGUUUACUGUCACUACUUUGUGAAGCUGGUGGAGGGCCCGCCGCCCAAAACGGAGCAGAAGACGAGCUUUGACCAGGCCAAAGAGUACGUCCAGGACCUCAGGAACCGAACCAUCAUCCACAGUCUGUAGACCGUCUGAUAGGAUCAUAAUUCACAUGUAUCUUUCACUGUAAGUCUCUCUGUGUAUGUGUUUGACAUUUGUAAAUAAAUAAAUGAGUGAAUGGGUAAUGAGA